GGGCGGGAGGAAGAGGAAAAAGGGUCGACGCCAUCUUGUUUGUUUUAGCUGGUGAAUCACUCGGUGGGAGGAGGGGUGGACAAAAAAGUGCAACACGGUCACUACAAAAAGGGAAAAGGUAACGAGGGUUACAUCGGUUUGGCGUCUCCCCUCCCUGGCUGUGAGAAGGAGCUGGGACAAUGUUCUAUGCCCACUUUGUCCUCAGCAAACGUGGGCCGCUGGCCAAAAUCUGGCUAGCGGCCCACUGGGAUAAGAAGCUCACCAAGGCUCAUGUGUUUGAGUGCAACCUCGAGAGCAGUGUGGAGAGCAUCAUCUCUCCUAAGGUGAAAAUGGCAUUACGCACAUCUGGUCACUUGCUUCUUGGUGUGGUCAGAAUCUACCACAGGAAGGCUAAGUACCUGCUAGCUGACUGCAAUGAAGCCUUCAUUAAGAUCAAGAUGGCCUUCCGUCCAGGGGUGGUUGAUCUACCGGAGGAGAACCGUGAGGCUGCCUAUAAUGCCAUCACCCUGCCAGAGGAGUUCCAUGACUUUGAUCAACCACUACCAGAUUUAGAUGACAUCGAUGUCGCACAGCAGUUCACAUUAAACCAGAGUCGAGUGGAGGAGAUUACCAUGCGGGAGGAGGUGGCCAACCUUAGCCUCCUGCAGGAGAAUGACUUCGCUGACUUUGGGAUGGAUGACCGUGAGAUGAUGCGUGAAGAGAGCGCGUUUGAGGUAGACAUCAUCCACGGUGCGUCUGCCUCCAACCUGCUGCUGGAGCCAGAGGCUGCAGCAGGCCAGAUGGCCGAGAAGUCCAACCACCUGGAGUACGAUGACCAGUACAAGGACGACUUUGGGGACAACCACAUGGAGAGCAGCGAGGGAGGAAUGCUGGUGGACAAGCUUCUCAGCAACGAGGAUGGGGGAGGAAUUUUCGAUGACCCUCCGGCCAUCACCGAGAGUGUGAUGAUGCCCCAGGACCAUGGAGAUGAUGAGGACGACUUUGAUAACCUGUCUCCCGGAGGACCAGACAGUCCUGAGUCUGGCCCUGUAGAACCUCUGCCCACCAUGACAGACCAGACGGAGCAGACAACCCUGGUUCACAAUGAGGAGGAAGCCUUCGCCCUGGAGCCGAUAGACAUCACUGUGAAAGAGACCAAGGCCAAGAGGAAGAGGAAGCUGAUCGUGGACAGCGUGAAGGAACUGGACAGCAAGACCAUCCGCGCCCAGCUGAGCGACUACUCCGACAUCGUCACCACCCUGGACCUGGCCCCGCCCACCAAGAAGCUGAUGAUGUGGAAGGAGACAGGCGGCGUGGAGAAGCUCUUCUCUCUGCCCGCACAGCCCCUGUGGAACAGCAGGCUUCUGAAGAUGUUCACGCGCUGCCUGACUCCGCUGGUGCCAGAUGAUCUGCGUAGAAGGAAGAAGGGCGGUGAGGCUGACAGCCUGGAUGAGUUCCUGAAGGACCUGGAGAACCCGGAAGUGCCCAGAGAGGAGGUGCUGCCCCAGCAGAGAGACAUCAUCGACCAGACCAUUCUGGAGGAGCCCAGUGUGCUUCAAGCGUCGGCCAUGGAGAGCAGCAGGACCACCCUGGAUGAGUCGGUCAUGCCCCCUCCUUCCAGCCAGCGUGGAGUCAAGCGCAAGGCCCAGGACAGCGAGCCGGCCCUGCCUAUGGGCGCCCUGGAGCCCCAGGCUGACCGCUCCGCGCUGGCCCAGCCUCAGCUAGACAUGCCUCAGGUGGAGCUGCCCCCCGAGGAGGUAUCCAACCUCACCCAGCUCAUCCCAGAACUGGACCUGCUGGGCGAGAAGGGCAAGGACAAGGACAAGGACGACGAGGAGGAGGAAGAGGAUGAAGAAGGUCAGGGUGGAGACCAGGAUCAGGAAGAGAGAAGAUGGAAUAAGAGGACCCAGCAGAUGCUCCACGGCCUUCAGAGGGUGAUGGCCAAAACGGGAGCAGAGUCCAUCAGCCUGCUGGAACUAUGCAGGAGCAACAACAAGAAGCAGGCAGCAGCCAAGUUCUACAGCUUCCUGGUGCUAAAGAAGCAGCAAGCCAUCGAGCUCAACCAGUCCGAGCCCUACAGCGACAUCAUCGCCACCCCGGGACCACGUUUCCAAAUCGUCUAGUGCAUUUACACUGGCACCUUUUAUUCUUUAAUAUUUUGUUUGUAUAUGAUGUGUUAUUGUUCUGUUUUUUUUUUUUCCCCUCCCGUUUGUUUUACUAUUUGUGCUGCAAGUCAUUUUGGGGGUAAAUGGUCUCGGGGUAGAUUUUUUUUUUGUUUUUAAGAUUCAUCAAGUUUUUGCUCUUUUUAAACCUUACCCAAAAGGAGCAUGUAGUAUUGAGCAGUAACCCUUCCAAUUAUUGAUCUAAUUUAAUGCAAUUUGCAACCAAGUUGUUUGGAUACAUCAGUGUUUUGUCUUGAAGACAAAUUAAUUUCAGCCUUUCGUCUUGCAGUGCUUUUUGUUCUCAACUCAAGAACAAAAGCAGGCAUUCACGUUUUAGAAAAUGUUUGUCACGGUUGUCAUUUCCAGAACCUAUUGAUGGGGAGGGGGGGUAAAUCAUUGCAUCAAUUCAGAUUUUUAAAUGAACAGUUAUAAUGUUUCUUGUACUGCAUGCUCCAUUCCUUUUACAUUUUAAGACAAACUUGCUUUAUUUUUGUAAAAGGUUGAUUUAAAUGCUACCCUUAUUUUAAAAAGUCGCCUUCCUCUGUGGUUGUGACUCAAUGCUGAUUUCUUGGUUACAUUUACAAUUAUGGAAAAUCUGCUUUUUUUUUUUUUUUUUACAUCAUACAAUUGAGAUGUAUUCUACUGCAGAGUAACCCUAAGAACUGAAUGGCUAAAUCCUUACAUCUAGUCAACACUGCUCCAAAAGAAAUGGAAAAGUAAUUGGCUUAAUUUUAAUGCAGUUAAUUUAAAACUAAAUGCAGAUGCCCUUCUGGCUGUAUAUACAUGCCUAGCUUUUGAAGUGGACGUUUGGAGUAUUAGCCGUCAAAUGUUGGAGAGGGAUCUGUAUCAGAAUAGGAUCUCAACUAAGUAUUUAAUACAUUAAGCUGUUUUUAACAUGUAUUUUGUAAUAAACUGAAUAGGCAAACAAGCAUCCCCCAUUGUAUUUUGUUAGUCUGGCCCAUUUUAAACAGUUCGGAUCGUGUUUGUUUGGGAGCAUUCUUAUUUUAACAAUGUGCCUGUAAACUUGCAUCAUUCUUUUUGUAUAAAAAGUAAUCUUGUAGAUAUGGCUGAUUUUGAAAGUUCACGGAUAUGUGUCAAAAUAACUGCUGGUAGUUACUGUUAUGCUUCUAGUUCAACACUAGUUCUGAACCCUAGCAGCUAUGUUAUGUAUAACAUUUAUAAUAAAAUAAACACUGUUA